AUGAGCGGUGUCACCACCCCCUGCGUCACUGUCCCCGCACGGGCACAGCCUCCACGCAAAGGGAUGUGGCUCUCGCUGGCUCGGUCGGUAGCCCGGGCCGCCCGCCGGACGCAGCAGCUGUGCCAGCAGAGCUUUGCGGACAUGAGGUGGAACUGCUCCUCCAUCCAGAGCGCCCCCAGCUUCGGCCCCGAGCUGCUCACAGGAACGCGGGAAGCCGCCUUCGUGCACGCCCUGGCCGCGGCGGCCGUGGCGCAGGGCAUCGCCCGCUCCUGCGCCUCCGGACCCGGAGCCGCUACCGGCGGCGCGCCGGGGCUGCGGGCGGUGAACCGGCACAACGGAGCCGUGGGACGCGCGGUGCUCAGUGACUCCCUGGACACCAGGUGUAAAUGCCACGGGGUUUCAGGCUCCUGCUCAGUGAAGACCUGCUGGAAGGGGCUGCCAGACCUGGGUGAAAUUGCCUCUGACCUCAAAUCCAGGUACCUGGCAGCCCUCAAGGUGACCCAUCGGCUCGUGGGGCCCAGGAAGCAGCUGAUCCCCAAGGAAGGGGAUGCCAGGCCAGUGACAGAGAUGGAUCUGGUUUAUCUCAUCAACUCUCCUGACUACUGCACCCCAAACCCCCAGCUGGGCUCUCUGGGGACACAGGACAGGCCGUGCAACAGGAGCUCUGUGGGCAGUGGCAGCUGUGACCUGCUGUGCUGUGGCCGUGGCUACAACACCUACACGGAGGAGGUGCAGGAGCGCUGCCACUGCCGCUACCGCUGGUGCUGCUCCGUGGUGUGCCGGCGCUGCCGGCGCCGCCUGCAGAGACACGUCUGCAAGUGACGGGCUGAGCCCACCUGCCACCCCCCCAGGCACGGCUGGACACCAGGAGCUCAUCCCAAGGGAUGCCCUCAGCAAGGAGGAGGCUUGGUGUCUCAUGGGAAACCUCAGACUGAGGGAUUUUUGGGAAGCAAAAUCCCUUCCAACCCAGAGCUCAGGGCAGGACAAAGAGCUGCCCUCCUGCAGCUGGUCAGUGGCCAGCCCUUUGUGUCCAGCUGGGAAAAGCCAUUGAUCAUUCCCAUUUCCCCACCCUGGGCUGCCAUUGUCCCUUUGCAGGAGGAUUCUGACAGCAGCCUGAAAGG